AUGUUUGACAAAGACCUUACAGUCGUAGAGAGUGUUGUCCCUGUGACCUCCUCUCAAGAUUCCCCCUCUUCGACUUAUCCCAGCAAGGGCUCCAUCACAAUCACCUUUGAUGACAAUGGCCAGUUCAAGGUCAAUGGGACCAAGAAAGACCCUCUUGUUAAUCUUUACGUUAUCCCUGGCGCCUCGAAGCUACGCCGCAUUCUCAGAGAUACCAAUGAGUUAAUUGUAUGCCCUGGGGUUUAUGAUGGGCUAUCUGCUCGCGUUGCAAUGGAACUUGGUUUCAAGGGCAUGUACAUGACUGGUGCUGGCACCACGGCUUCUCGCCUGGGAAUGGCUGACUUGGGAUUGGCCCAACUUCAUGAUAUGAAGACAAACGCGGAGAUGAUUGCGAACCUGGACCCUUACGGUCCUCCGCUUAUUGCGGACAUGGAUACUGGCUACGGUGGCCCCUUGAUGGUAUACAAGGCCGUGCAACAAUACAUUCAAGCUGGAGUUGCCGGAUUCCAUAUUGAAGACCAAAUCCAAAACAAGCGCUGCGGACAUCUUGCUGGCAAGAAAGUAGUUGACUUGGAUGAGUAUCUCACGCGGAUUCGCGCCGCAAAGCUCGCUAAGGACCGCAUGCACUCGGACAUUGUGCUGAUUGCGCGAACCGAUGCCCUUCAACAGCACGGCUACGACGAGUGUAUUCGCCGUUUGAAAGCUGCCCGCGAACUUGGUGCCGAUGUUGGUCUCCUAGAGGGCUUCACUUCCAAGGAGAUGGCUCAACAGGCGGUGCAUGACCUUGCUCCCUGGCCUUUGCUUCUGAACAUGGUAGAGCACGGCGCGGGCCCGGUGAUUACCACUAAAGAAGCGGAGCAGAUGGGUUUCCGUAUUAUGAUUUUCUCGUUCGCAUCAAUCACUCCCGCUUACUUGGGCAUCCGUGCGGCAUUCCGGAGAAUUCAGACCGACGGCAUAGCUGGCAUUCCUGAGGGGUAUGGCCCUAAGAAGGUGUUCGAAGUGUGUGGGCUGUCGGACUCGGUGAGGGUGGACAAUGAUGCUGGUGGAAGUGGUUUCAAGAAUGGAGUUUGA